AUGGAGGCCCACAAAGCCAACAUUCGCCAAGCCAUAGAAGCAGGGGAGGAAUCCAGCCACGACUUCUCCGUCUGGUCGGAGGGCGACGGGUCCUCGACCGACGGGGAGAGCGACCUCCGUUUCCUCGCUGACGGGGAGACGGAGGAGGAGAGUGACGAUGAUCACUUCUCCUGGGAUAGCUUCACUUCCUUCGAGGAGGAGGAGACAAGAGUGAUGGCAAUCAACGACAAGAAUGAGGAGUUUCAGCUAGGGUUCGCCAUAAUUAGGGCAGCUAAAUUCAUCGAGCCACUGCAAGUAUUUGUGUUCGGCGAUGAUCACGGAUUCAUCCACGUGUAUUCAUAUGAAAAAGUGGAGAAGCUACAGAAGUUUAGAGGUCACACGAAAAACAUCACUUCACUGGCUGUUCACCCCAGUGAGCCAUUAGUGCUCUCGGCAUCCUUUGACGGGCUGAUCAAACUUUGGAACUGGGAGGCUGGCUGGCAGUGCAUAAGAACAUUCGAAGGACACCAGAGCUUUGUGCUUCAAGUCAAGUUCAACCCGCAGACUACGGGAAACACUUUUGCUAGUUGUUCAACUGACUCCACGAUAAAGGUUCAUUAA